AUGUCAGACACAGGGAGGGCUCUGCCACCUUUCAGGAAAAUAAGCUAUGCGGUAGGACACUGUCUGAAUGAUCUGUGUGCCUCUAUGUGGUUCACAUAUUUGCUUGUGUUCUACCACUCAGUUCUGGGAUUCCAGAAUACAAACGCAGGUUUGUUACUACUUGUUGGGCAGAUAGCUGAUGCCAUCUGCACACCUCUCAUUGGCUAUGAAUCGGACCAAAGCCCUGGAUGUCUAAAUUAUGGAAAGAGGAAGACAUGGCAUUUAGUUGGUACAGUGAGCGUGGUGGCAUCGUUCUCCUUUAUCUUUAAUAGGUGUUUGGCCUGCAGUCCCCUCACCCCUCAAUGGGCCAGUUUGAUCUACUUUGUCCCGUUCAUCAUUAUUUUUCAGUUUGGCUGGGCUGCCACGCAGAUCUCUCACUUGUCCCUUAUCCCAGAGCUGGUCACCUGUGAGCACGCCAAAGUAGAGCUCACUGCCUACAGGUAUGCUUUCACUGUCGUAGCCAAUAUAGCAGUGUAUGCAGUGGCUUACCUGCUGUUCCAUGUCCAGGCUGGAAUGGAUGAUGAUCCACUCAGUGAUUCACUCGGACCAGCAGAUAUCCCCAUCUUUAGGAAUCUGGCGUUAAUUGUGUUGGGGAUUGGUACUCUCUUUACCAUCCUCUUCCACGUUGGAACAACUGAAGCCCUGACUCUUGGAGCAAAUGAGGAGGUUCGUGGAGAAAAGGGAAGAAAAAGGGAUAAAAAAGAAGAGGAGGCUGAAGACGAACAGAGAUCUUUGCUGCCUUCAUGUAACACGACUUUGUCUCGUCUGCAGUGGAAAUGUUGGCUGCAGCAGGCUUCUUUCUACCAGGUGGCGUUACUGUACAUGUCAACCAGACUGAUUGUAAAUCUCUCCCAGACAUAUAUCUCAAUGUAUCUCAUCAACACUCUUGGGCUUCCUAAGAAGUUCAUUGCAACAAUCCCACUAGUGAUGUAUUUAAGUGGUUUCCUGUCCUCAUUCAUCAUGAAACCAGUCAGUAAACGCAUCGGAAAAUGUCUUACCUACUUUGUGGGCCUUGUGCUGAUUAUGGCCUUUUCAUACUGGGUGCUUCUGGACAUCCAGAUGGGGCAGCAGGUGUAUGGGGCAGCUGUACUGUUGGGAGCAGGGUCUGCCACCAUCCUGGUCAUAUCACUUGCCAUGACAGCUGAGCUUAUCGCAGAUCAGACGCAAAGUGGAGCCUUCGUAUAUGGAGCCAUGAGUUUCACUGACAAGUUGGCGAAUGGAGUUGCUGUGAUGAUGAUUCAGGCCCUGCAUCCUUGCCACACUGUGGCGUGCUGUCCUGCUUGUGUAUGGUUCUAUCAUUACAUCAUGGUUGCAGUAACGGGAGGAGUGGCCAUUGUUGCAGCUUUGGCUCUUUGCUCCAUUCUCAUCUGGCCGAUCAAAAUCAGAUCAAGGGGUCAGCAAGUCAUAUCUGAUGAUUCAGGUCAAGUCAACUAACAGCCUGCCUUCUCUCUUUCCCUGCAAAGUAAAUGAGGGAGACUGGAUAUUACCUGCUCAGAGGAAACUCUCACUUUAGUUUUUAGUUUUAGCUUUAUUUGUAGUAUUUUUUUUUUAAAAAAGCUGGAAUUUGGGGGGUGUAUUAAAGCACCAGUCAAACAAAGAAGGGAAAUUAUUUUUGUUUUUCUGUUAACUUGUAGACAAGAUAUAUUCACAGUCAAAAUGGUGGGAUUUAAAACACAAAUAUUUUUUGAUAAUGACAUAUAAUGAUAUUAGGAUGGAGAUCCAUGUCCAGGGGCAGAAUCACAUGAGUGGUUGAUGAAUAUAUAAAUAUAAUUUUUGUCAUAACUUAAAGAUAUAGUUCAGCAUUAGAAUGUCAAAGAUCUGGGAUUAUAUUCUAAAAAAUUCGAUGGGUAUUAUUGAAAACAUUUAUAACCAAUUUACCUGUUUUGUUGAAGGCUCAUUAUUGCCCUCUGACAUCAAAUAUGGGAACAUUCAAAACUAUGAAUUGACUGGAAGUUCAAUUAAUAGUGAAUCUCUGCGUCCAUCCAUCUUUAAAAGUGCACUUUACCUUAAAAUACAAAGAGAUAUUCCUCUCUACAUGCAACUAUUACAAACUUAAACUUACCUUGACUGGACUCAUCUAAAAUGGCGCAACUUUCUUUUAUUCCUCUCCAAUCUCUGUGCUUCACGUACGUUGCUGUAUGUAACAAACUCAAUAAGAUGGUUCACAUGACCAAAAGUAAUUCAUUAAUUGGCUAGCAAGGUGUUCUGAUGCAAUUGUUGAUUUUUGUAUACAUAUAGUUUUACCAACUUUUAUGUACAUGGGAGAUAUAUCACAUACCAAUGGGUUAAUUACACAGCUGCUGCACAUCUGGUAAGGGACAAAUAGGGGCUAAUAAAGGGAAAAUAAUUUUGAAUUUUUUACAUCUAGUUUGUUGAAAGCAUAGCUUGUCAUAUAAAUGUUUGGCAAAAUCAGUUGGCUUGUUGGAAAAAUAUUCUUUAAUCACUUCACCUUUUUUGUACUAAAUGGUGAAAAUAAACAACUACGUAUUCAAUUCAUUGAUUCUGAAGUUCACAGACUCGGGACAAUAGGGAAGAGGAUACUUCAAUGGAAACUUAAUCAAGAAGGCAUCUUCUUUUGUACUAGACGUAUUGAUUUGGGUUUGUCCUCCAUGGGAUAACAUUAAAACAUUUAAAUAUUUUGUUCAAUGAUGCAGUGGACUCUAAAAAAAUUUCUUAGUGAAGAACUAAGUAUAAGCUUUAUUUAAUCAACUUGAUUCAAAUGAAGACUUAGUUAAAAUAACAAACAUAAUGUAAAAUGAGAAAUACAUGUUUUUAAAUAGUAAUCAUGAGGAAUCUUGGCUUUAGCAUCUGAUCAAGGACUGCCAUCGCUUAGAAGGGCAUGUGUUUAAAUGUGUUUAAUGUCUAGUUUUCCAAAUUUUCAAGCAAACUUUUUUGUUAAGACUUACAUUAAGAAUAUCUCCAAUUGACUUUUUCCUUUGUCGGAUAAUCAGUGAUCAUGUGUUGCAAAGUUUUCACUCUGUUCUUCAUUAAACUGGCUUUAUCAAUUUAAAUAGUUGUCUGAAAUUCAUAGAUAGAUGUGGAUAACUUGCAUUUUUAAAAUAGGGAAUGCGUUACAGUUCACAGCUGGCACUGGGACUCCAGUAAGAAAAAGAAUGUCUGUAAAAUAAGUGUAGUGGAAGAGUCACAAACCAGCAACACUGUUCUUCCUCCAGACUGUAUAUGCAGACUGCCCCACCACUUUAAUUAGACAGGAAUACUUCUGCAAAGUUCUUAUCAACCUGAUGUUAAUUUAUAUUUUGUUAUAAAGGAACACUUAAGUUAAGUAAAAUGAAACUUUUCAAACUGAUACUAUUAGAGGACUUUAUUGAUCCCACAGUGAGGAAUUCACACAUUACAGCAGCAGUACAAACAAUACACAAGGCCAUAGAGGGAAAAACACCAGCCUAGUUGAGGUAUAAGUGAAGGUAUUUCCAAGGGGAGUUAACAAAAUAAUACAGUUACUGAGUGUCCAAUGAGGCUACAACACAACGGCAGUACAGGUGUUGUAAUCCUAACAAUUGUUGGACCUGCAGUACCUCUCCUUACAUUGUGGGUGUAACAGCCUGUAGCAGAAGAAGCUGCUCAAGGACCCUUGGACCCAGAGGUGUUGCCCAUGAUGGAUUUCAGCUUAGCCAGCAUCUUUCUCUCCCUGAAAAACUAUGGAGUCCAGUGGACAAUGACAAUGUGAAAAUGUGGUUAAAUUAUUUAGAUGUACUAAAUAGUUGAAGUUGACCCCUCUCUUGCUACAAGCCACGUUUGUGUCUUCCUUUGUACAAGGCUAUGUACAAGCGAGUUGCUUUUUGUCUCUGUCAUCUUUUGACUGCAAGAUAUUACCAGUGUGACCCUUUAUGACAAGCAGGGAAUUUGUUACAUAAUACUUUGGAAAUCAUUUUACCUACUUCUGUGAAGUUGCUGAAUCCUGGUUUGUGCAUAUCUAAGCGAAAGCUGCUAUAUUUCUGGAUUUUUACAGGAAAUCUUUUGACUGAAAGUCUGUACCAGUGAGAUUUUGUCUGACAAGGCAGGGAAUGUGUUAUAUAACACUUACAAAGAAGUUGUACCUAGUU